AUGUGUUUGCGUUUGAACCUGGUCAUGGCGCAGAACAGACGUUUAAAAGAAUCAAAAUAUCAAACCUGGCCGCCGCUCCAGCACAAAUUCAAGUUGGGUCCAAUCAUCAGGCGAGCCAAGCUGCCUGCUCUGAUUGGUGAGAUAAAAAGUGAGGAGAGGAAUGAGCAUCUGGAGACGUUGGUGUGGUAUCCAAAUUGUAUAAUGGAUGGAGAUCUGCUCAUGUAUCUGAGGGCUGCUAGGAGCAUGGCAGCAUUUGUAGGAUGGUGCGAUGGUGGGUCGACAGAUGAUGGUUGUGCUGCUGCCUCCAUGGAUGAAACUACCAUCAACUCCCUUCAUAUGCUCCAUCAGCACAAUUAUGACACUGGUAAAGCAUUACAGGCUUUGGUUAAGAUCAUCAAUCCAAAAAGUGUCGACAAGAGAUGGUCCGAUGAAGAUGCUAAAAAGUUUGUGAGGGGUCUGAAACAACAUGGAAAGAAUUUUUUCAAAAUUCGUAAAGAUCUGCUUCCAUACAAAGACACCCCCAGCCUGGUUGAAUAUUACUACCUGUGGAAGAAGACUCCAGCUGCCUCGACGACUCGACCGCAUCGAAGACACAGGCGACCCGCAUUCAGAAGGCAGGCCCCCACCCCCACCCUUCCACAAGAAGAUGAUUUGGAUGACAUGAGUUCGGCCAGUGAGGCAUCAGAAAUGGAAUCAGAUGAAGAGAUCAACCAAUCAAGUUUGAUUGCCACCACCUCUGCAGCCAAUCACAGCACUUCAUCUUGCAGCAGAUGUUCUGUUACCAAAUCCAACCGCUGGUAUGAAAUAAACAAGGACAACGUCAUCUGCUCUGAAUGCCAUCUCAACGACAAAGUUAUGAUUGGUCAGACCGAUGAUGAUGCCCCUGCUACCUGCGAUCCUAUUGGUCCAGAGGACGACGCUGGUCACAGUGCAAUGGAUGACGAUGCUCCUCCCUUCAUGUUCAGACCUGUCAAGGAAGACAGCGAGUUUGGCAGUGAUGUGAAGAAGAAGGAGUUGGAAGGCAGUCAAGAUGGCAAAGUUGGACUGAUGAGUGGUUCACUGCCUGUCAAAACAGAGCUGACAUCCUCAUCUGCUUACGAUGGCUACAUUGCUUCCUCACUGGCUUCAUCGGCAUAUUCAUCAGCUGCAUCAACAGCAUCUUCGGGCAUCGUGAAGUACGAAACUCCUGGAGACAUGCUGCCUGCAUCUGUGCACCAAUCAACAUGUUGUGCGGCAGAUGAUGAAGCUACUAAGGACAUGGUGAUGUCUUCAUCGUCGUCAUCAUCGAUGUUGUUGCCUUCCAGUGCUACUGUGAAGUACGAGGUGCCAUGCAUUUCAACUUCAAUGACGUCAUCGUCGUCGUCGUCAUCAAUGAUGUUUUCAGAUUUUAAGCCUCAGAGAGCGGUGGCCAGUGUGGCUCCGACAUUUCAAGAUGGAGUUUCAACAGCUGGUCAACAUUAUCAGUCAUCGUUCCAACCACCAUCAACGUCAUUAUCAUCAUCAUCACAACUCAUCUCCUCCUCAUCCUCCUCAUCAUCAUCUCUGUCAUCAUCAUCAUUCACUCAGAUGUCAUCCUCACAGUCCAGUUCACCUUCUGUCUCAUCAUCAUCAUCAGCACUCACCAAUCAUUACAAAUCACCAUUCACAUCUCAAUCUCAUCACGUGAUGAACAUGCAGGGCAGACCCCCACCACCACCACAAUCAUCGACAUCAUCGUCGUCGUCAUCAUCUUCAUCACCAUCAAACUCAACACCCAUGUUGCAACAACCUUCUUAUUCUUCAUUGGCCUACCCAGUACCUUACUCAUUUUCCAUGCCACCACCAUCAUCAUCAUCAUCAUCAUCGUUCAUCUCGUCGUCAUCAACCAACAACAUGCCUGAAGAUAUGAGCAUAAAGAGUUGCAAAGAAACAACAACCAACAACAACAGCAGUUACAACAACAAUUACAACACUUCAAGCCACAAUAACAACAAUUAUUCAGACAAUAGGAAUGCUAGUAACAACAGCAACAACAACAUGUUCACCCAUUCAAAACAACAACAAAAACAUUCGCAACAACAACCUCAUCAACAUCAACAGCCGCAACAACAAGAGCCAAUAUGUCACAACAUAUCAGAUGAUGAUGACGACGAGAACGAUGAUGGCGGUGCUGAUGUUGAUUGCAAUGUUGCAAGAAGUCCAAGUCCUCCUGCCGUACCUGCCAGUGAACAAGUCUACUCUUCAGCCAACUCCAUAUUCAUAAGGAGGUGGAACAGAGGAGGUAACAUGUGCUCGAGGUCUGAUCUGGAGUUUCUGCCCCAGAAGAAUUCCAAGUGGAUGAUGAAGAAGGAGGAGAGAUUGCUCAACAAAUCCUCGUCGUCGUCGUCGUCAUCUUCGUCGUCCGGCCAUCAUCACCAUGGUCAUCAGUCGCAUCACAAGUCGUCGUCAUCUAGUCACCAUCAUCAGUCUAGUGCUAAGGAGGGCAGGAGGAAUGAAGGAAGGAAGGAUGAUGAUAAGACGAAAUCACCGAUGCAAAACAACAACAACAGCAGAUCAUCAGACGCCCAGAUAACGAGUUCCUACGCUGGCUCCUCCCACCAUCUUCCUCCGUUUGCAGGAUCCUCUUCUGACAGGAUGUCCCAGAGAUCCGGAACAGGAGCAAAUGCUGCAGCCUCUGGAAUGUUCCAUGACCCCACCCCAGCUCUCAGUCAACUUUCUGCUUAUGCCAGACCACAUAUUGGGAACCAGCGCCUGAUGAACUAUCCACCAUCCCAUUCCAUCCAGGAUUACUUCAGACUGCCUGGAAUCUUCCCACCUGGUUCCAGAGAAGCAAUGGAACUGGACAUGGACAAACAUGCGUGGGAACGAGAUGUCAGGGAACGAGAGUUGCGAGAGAUGGAGUUCAUGGAGAAAUUGAAACAGGAGCUCGAGCUCAAAUCAGCUGCUGCAGCCGGGUUUGAUAGGUUGCCCCACCUACCUGGCGCCUCAUUGGAUCCGAUAUGGAUCGACAUGCAGAGACGUUUGAUGGCCAGUCAACUUCCUCUUCCAUCCGGAGCUCCUCCCCCUUCCCAUCUUUCAGGAAUGUUUCCUCCCCCAGGAAUUUUGUCAGCUGAUCUCAUGCAGCGGGAGAGAUUGGAGCAAAUAGCCCGGUCGAGUCAGGAGCAGAUGGCCAGGGAGGGUGCAUUGCUGCAGUUGUACCAACGUUAUGCACACGACCCCAACAUGUUGCAGAGGCAGGUCAGUGCUUACAUGGCCAGCAAAGCUCAGGAGAGCGUUCAUCUCGUCUACCAUUUCGCCAAAGCAGACCCACUGGCUUCAGCAGUGAGCCAAUCGUCAUCGUCCUCAAGCAAUCUCCCAUCAAGUCAUCUUCCUCCUCCUCCUCCGCUCCCAUCUGCUCUCCAUAACCUCCCUCCCAACCACCCCUUGUAUGCCUUCGCCAGAGAUCCGGAACGAAUGUACAUGGAGUUGCUGUCCAGGCCUCCUUACAAUGCCGAUCCUCUGCUCGCCCAACAAGUCAUGAGCAAUCUGACGGCCCAGGCAGCAGCGGCUGCACAGCAGGAAGCCCUGCAGAGACAUCUCGCCAUGGAGAGGGACUUUCCAGGCAACCCUAUGAUGCACUGAGUCUCAAACAUGUCCUCAUCUCAUUCAACCAACGUGUCAAUACUGAUAUGUCAUGCCAUGUCAUCUUCGUCGUUGUUAUGUUGUCAAAUGUCGUUGAGAAAAAUUUGCUGUUAUGAAAUUCUGUAUGAUGUCACAAUUUGGUUUAAUUUUUUAUUGAGACGUACCUACCCGUUCUUACUAAACUUGUUAUUCUAUUAAAUGUCCAUUUGUUUUCAUCAUUUGGUCUCCCGAAUUUAUGAUCGUCAUUUAGCUCUUGGUCAGAUUUCUAAACGUUGUUAUACAGGUUGCUACAUUUAGUUCGUUGCAACCAGAAUUAGGGGUGACCAUCGCCGGAUUUUGGUUACCAAAUGUUUCUGUGGUCUGUCCGUGUCAUUAUUUUAUUUAUUUAAGCUUCCAAAGUUUCCAGCUUUUUCAAAAAACUAAUCAUGAUAUCUGUUAAUGAUUGAUUGUGUGUGAUGUAUAUUUAAUUAUUUGUAUAAAUUUAUUUAUUUCAACCGAAACAUAUUUCGAAACUUUUGUAUGCUUAUUUACUUAACACUUUAUGAAUUAUAUCGAUCUGCUUAAUGUUUCAGUCAUUGAUUUAUUCAAUAUGUGUAUAUAAUUGGUUACGAUUAUUGUUAAUUUCAGUUAAAUACUUAAUUCUUUUGUAAAUAGAUAUGAAACAACACAAA